AUGCUGCAGGAUUAUGCCAUGUUUCUCAGGAGCUGCUGCAACGCUAUGGAGGAAAUGGACUACAUGCAGGAACUGGACACCAUAUCCAGCAUGAGAAGCAUUGCCCUCAAGUUGCCAUUCAAGCUCAAAGAGAAAUGGCGUAACAAGGCUUAUGAACUCCAAGAACGGGCUUCUGCUACCUUCUGCUCAGAGGAGCUCAUGACACGUCUCAAUCUCAAAGGAAGGAGAACACAAAUUCUUCUACGAACAAUGAAUCAGGAAAAUUCUGUUCCCACGCAUGUUGUCUCAGGAAUUGAAGUUUCAGCAUUGGACAGCGACAACUUCUCACCUCUUCCUGACACUUUCACUCAGAAGAAAAUGCCAGUAACCACUAACAACAUCCCAAGACAGAGUGACUUAGCGCAAUGGGCGUAUUUAAGUGAAGUCAAAAUCCCCUCUAUUAGUGCAAAGGUAGAGCUGUUAAUUGGAACAAAUGCUCCAACCCUGAUAGAGCCGUGGGAGGUUGUUAACAGCCAAAGUGGGGGCCCUUAUGCAGCUAGAACACUAUUGGGGUGGGUUGUAAAUGGGCCACUUAGAAGUGAAACUGGCAGUGCAAAAAGUGUUACGGUGAAUAGGAUUUCAGUGGCAAGGCUAGAGGAGCUUCUGAUCUCACAGUACAAUCAGGAUUUUUCUGAAGUUGCCUCUGAGGAGACAACUGAAGUUUCUAUUGAGGACAAAGGAUUUCUGAAAAUGGCCAAUGAGGCAGUUCUGAAUGAUGGACAUUACAAUCUGAAAUUGCCCUUCAGAAAGGCUGAUGUCUGUAUGCCAAACAAUCGCCAAAUUGCAGAACAGCGCCUCCAGAGCCUAAGAAGGAAAAUGGAAAAGGAUGAGCAAUAUAAACAGGAAUAUGUUGCAUUUUUCAAUGACAUCUUUGAGAGUAAUUAUGCAGAGGAGGUCCCACAGGAAGAACUUGCACAGUCAACAGGAAAGGUAUGGUACUUGCCACACCACGGGGUGUACCACCCUAAAAAGAAAAAGCUCAGAGUAGUCUUUGAUUGUGCUGCCUCUUACCAGGGUGUAUCCCUUAACACCGAACUGCUGCAGGGACCUGACCUGACAAAUUCCCUCAUUGGAGUCAUCAUGAGAUUUCGCAAAGAGCCUGUUGCAAUCAUGUCGGACAUCAAGUCAAUGUUCCAUCAGGUUAGAGUAGCCAGAUCUGAUGUUAAUUACUUGCGAUUCCUGUGGUGGCCAAAAGGUGAGACCAGUCAAGCACCCAAGGAACACCGUAUGCUUGUACACAUAUUCGGUGCAGUGUCCUCCCCUAGCAUUGCAAGCUUUGCAUUAAGAAAAACUGCUGCGGACAAUGAGUGUUGUUUUCCCCCUCAAGUAGCCGAAACAGUCCGGCACAACUUUUAUGUGGACGACUGUGCAAAGUCUGUGGCCAAGGAAUCAGACGCCAUCCAGCUGGUGAAAGAUGUCACUGCACUAUGCAGCAAAGGUGGGUUCCAACUCACUCAGUGGGUCAGCAAUAACAGGGCAGUUUUAGCAUCAAUCCCUAAAGAACACAGAGCAAAGGAAAUCAAAACACUGGAUCUCGACAAAGACAGUUUGCCCAUUGAAAGAGCACUGGGACUGCAGUGGUGCGUGGAUUCUGACCAUUUCCAAUUCAACAUCAACCUGAGCCAAAAGCCACACACCCGCAGAGGCAUACUCUCUGUUGUUAGUUCCAUCUUUGAUCCACUAGGCUUUCUUGCUCCUCUCAUUCUCCCAGCUAAGCAGUUGCUACAAGAGCUCUGCCAGCGAGGCUUCGGAUGGGAUGAGCCUCUGCCCCAGACAGUGUCUGAAAAGUGGAUGGAAUGGACCAACAGCCUGGAUAGGAUCAAAGGCUUCAGUGUGCCACGCUGUUUGAAACCAAAGGGCUAUGGAAUGACAAGCCAUGCCGAGCUUCACCACUUCGCCGACGCCAGUGAGAGUGGCUAUGGCUCAGUCAGCUACAUCAGACAGUUGAACCAGCAGGAUGUCAUUCACGUCACUUUGGUCCUUGGAAAGUCCAGAGUUCUUCCCCUUAAGAACAUCACCGUGCCACGACUGGAGCUGGCAGCUGCAGCUUUGCUGGUGAAGGUAGAUAGAAUGCUGAGAGGAGAGUUACACCUUGACCUAAAGCCUUCAUGUUUCUGGACUGAUAGCCAAACAGUGCUCAAGUACAUUGCAAAUGACCGAGCAAGGUAUAAGACCUAUGUAGCCAAUAGGGUCUCACUGAUUCGGGACAAUACAGACCUGUCCCAAUGGAGAUACGUAAGCAGCAAGGACAAUCCUGCUGAUGAUUCAUCCAGAGGAUUGAAUGCAGGAAGAUUCAUGGAGCAAAGGAGAUGGAUACAUGCCCCUGAAUUCUUAUGGAACACAAAGGAAAGUUGGCCAGAGGAGGAAGUAUUGGACUCGGUGUCACAGGACGAUCCAGAGGUCAGGAAAAGUGCUACUGUAUUGGCAGCAGUAGUGAACCCUGCGACACCCACAGACCAGCUUAUUUCGUUCUUUUCUGACUGGAGGAGACUACUCAAAGCAGUGGCAUGGUUUAUCAGACUGAAAAAGAUGUUGAUGCUGAUUGUGAAAAGAGGAAAGGAGCAGCCCUCGUCUCAAGUCAGCACCCGCUCAAGCAGGAAAAAGGUGAGGAUACAAAUUGAAGCCAUCAGGACCUUCCUUGGUGGGCAGCUCCUCACUGUUGAAGAUCUUGCAGAGGCAGAAAGGUCAGUCGUCACAUACACCCAAGGACAAGCCUUCGGUGCUGAAAUUGCAACACUGGAGAUGAUCCCACCUAGAGUGCACAAGGGCAGUAAGAUCUGCAGGCUUGAUCCUGUCCUAGACGAGGGCAUUCUGAGAGUAGGUGGCCGACUGCACAAAUCUGCAAUGCCUGAGGAAACCAAACACCCCUGCAUCUUGCCCAAAGACUCGCACAUCUCGAUACUGCUCUUAAGACACAUCCAUGAACGAUGUGGCCACAAUGGCAGAAACCACAUGCUAUCGGAGCUCCGGAAAAAGUACUGGAUUUUAAAAGGCAACUCAGUUGCCAGGAAGGUGCUCUCAAAAUGUGUCAUGUGUCGACGUUCAAGGGGCAAGGCAAGUGAACAGAAGAUGGCGGAUUUGCCGUUAGAAAGAAUCCUACCUGACCUCCCUCCAUUUACCAAUGUCGGGUUGGACUACUUUGGCCCGUUUGAAGUGAAACGAGGGAGAACUGCCAUCAAAAGAUUUGUCUGCAGGAGGGGCCAGGUGAAGCACAUCAGGUCUGAUAAUGGAACAAACCUGGUGGGUGCACACGGAGAGCUCAAGAAGGCCCUGAAGUCACUGAACGAGAGGAAAAUCCAAGAUGCCCUGCUUCCAGAUGGAAUCGAAUGGAGUUUCAAUCCACCAUCAGCAUCACACCAUGGCGGAGCCUGGGAAAGGCUCAUAAGAUCUGUCCGCCAGGUGCUGAACUCUACUCUCCAUCAACAGUCCAUCGAUGAUGAAGGCCUCCAAACACUGUUUUGCGAGGUGGAGGCAAUCCUGAACAACCGUCCUCUCUGCACAGUGUCCUCAGACCCACAUGACCUAGAGCCACUGACCCCAAAUCACAUCCUGCUAUUGAAAGCCAAGCCAAUCCUACCCCCUGGAACCUUCUUGAAGUCCGACAUCUAUGCCAGACGUCGCUGGAAACAGGUCCAGUACAUGGCCGGUCUUUUCUGGCAAAGGUGGACCAAAGAAUAUCUUCUGCUGCUGCAGGAGAGGCAGAAAUGGACUUCACUAAAGAGGAACCUUAGUGUCGGAGACAUUGUCCUGGUCGUUGACCCCACUGCUCCUCGAGGGUCCUGGCCAUUAGGAAGAGUGCUGGAGACGAAACCUGAUGCAAGGGGUCUAGUGCGGUCAGUGAAGCUCAAGACAAAAACUUCAGUCCUUGAGAGGCCCAUAACCAAGCUGUGCCAAAUCCUUGAGUCUGAAGAGUGACCAGGGUUCCUGAUCACAUUAGAAAGGAAUGUAAUGUAUACAUGAUUUCAUACCUUCUCUAAACCAUUAUGCAUUACAUACUUCUAAAAGCAUUAAGUGCUUAUUUACUUUAUUGAUAAAUUGACCCCUCUUUUGGCUCCUUUCAUGUUAAUUUAGGUAAUUGAUUCUAUAGAGAACAAUUAGGGGCCGGUGUGUAGGAGCCGCAUUUAAGUUUUUUGUAUUUGGAAUGAUUUAUUGAUUUUUCCCCUUUUUGUGGAAUUGCGAGUGUGCGCCCUCUAUAGGUGGUGACGGUGCCACCCUUGAAAUGGCUGCCAGACACGCAUGACGGGGAGAAGGCGGGCGCAAUUACCGUCAUUGACCUCAGUGCUGAGGCCGUGAACCACGCUGUCUCCGUUUGGGCCUGUUCAGCUUGUUGCAGCGUUUAGUUAUUUGGACUUUAAAACUGCAAUUGCAUCCUUAUUUUUUGUGACAAUUUUUAUACAAUAAAACCGGCAACAUUGGAUGGUCAAACUCCCUUUGUAUUGGAUUAUUGGACAGAACUGCGAGUCUUGACAUUGCUUCUCCUGCUUUCUCCAUGGUGGUAAAAUCAAUUAGGACGUAGGAAUAGGAUCUAGGGGUUUAAAGGAAAAAACUCAACUGUUUUUGCCACUACAACACCUGUG